AUGACUUUCGGGUUCGCGGUCUGCGACGACACUCAGAGGUUCCCCAUGCGCCAACUCACGGUUUGGGGUGCAAUGAAAAUCAAGUUAUGGGACGAUGCUGUGCGAACAGAUAGCAAGGAGUCCGCACUCGUUCGCGGGAAGGUGCAAUGGGAGCUGGGGAAGAAGUAUCGGCAGCAGAUAUAG